AUGGGAGACUGGGGACAUGCUAGAGGCCCUCGAUAUUCCAGCUAUUCAACACCCCAUCAGCGAGGAGAACCCUCAAGGAAUGCCAACUCUGCUGGCCCCAUCAAACGACCCCAGAUCGUGAAAACUAUUGAUGUAGAGUCACAGCUAUUCAAGGGAAUCUUUCAUGUUGGAGAAGAUAUCAAUACCAUCCUGGUGGAAAUCACUGAACUGAGCAAGCUAUUGAUUGGUGACUUUGAUGCUCAGAAACCUCAGAUUGUCAAGAUACUCAGAUAUUGGCGAGUUGUCAUCAUCAUCUUGAUCAUUGUCCAUCUGGCAGAGCUACCAUGGAAGACGAGCAUCUACGCAACAGUAUUCGGAUUUAUGAAUAUGACUGAACCCAAACUUGGUGAAGAGUUGAUGGCUAUUGUUGGUGAAGCAAUGGACGCUACUGUAGCUGCUCACAAUUGGAAGGGCGUGAAAUUAGUGAUGCGAUUCUAUGCAGAUUUACUCAAUUGCAGUGUGAUUGAGGUAUCCAGUCUAUUGACAUUACUAGAUGUCUUUAUUACUGCUGCAUCUGUGGACGGAACACCUGAAGAACGGUCUGAUUGCUUGAUGUAUAUUGUUUUGUGUACGAUUUGUUGGGCCGCCAAGACAUUAAAUGAAAAAGACCCAAUUGGAACAGAUCGUAUUCUAGCAGCUUGUGAACUGUACAUGAAUGCUAGAGCACUCGCAGCCCGGUCUGCUCCACGAGCCAUCGCACUAGAAGGAAUGUUAUAUGUACGAGGAGCUGCAGUGCCACCUGUAGACUUGCUCGAGUCAUUGUGGACGCAGAUAUUAGAGUUGGCUCAAGGUGACUGGGAGGUGGCUGCUCUACCAAAGCCUUGGAGAAUGUUUUCCUUGGAAAAUCAAGCUCCGGCACAACCACGACCUUUGACUCUACCGCACGAUGAAGUGACAGUCAGAUAUCCAUUCCAAGGAUUCCGAUUCCGCAUUCAUACCACCAUACCAAACAACCUCGAUCGCUUCAUAUUGGAAGAUCUCACAACCGACAUUGUACAAUUAUUCGCACAUAAUCACCCAAUCGCAGCAAAGAACUUGCUAGGACUAAGCAAUUACGUCAACACCACCAUUAAUCUCCACGACCUUAUUGUUGAAACCUGUUUUGCUGAACUCUUCCGCCUACCACGUUCAACUGAACGACCUGUAUACUAUAUGACACUCAUAUCUGACCUAUGUAAAGCCUCACUAGAAAAGAUCCCUCCUGCAUUGGGUAGAGCCAUUCGAGGCAUUUAUGGGAUGCUUGAUAUCGAAAAUCCUGAUGGUCAAGUAGUGGGGGGUUUGGAUGUUGAAUGCAUACAGCGGUUUGGUGAAUGGUUUGCUGAACAUUUGAGUAAUUUCGGAUAUAAUUGGAAGUGGGCUGAAUGGGAUUCUGUCUUGAUAAAGGACGACUCUUCUUCGCAGAUGGUGUUCGCUCGAGAAGUCUUGGAGAGGUGUGUCCGUCUCUCAUACUAUGAUCGCAUCAAGGCUACGCUUCCUGCAAGUUACAAAGAUGUAGCAACUGUAUUCUAUCAACAAGCACCACGUCCUAACUUCAAGUAUGAGCAAACUCCUCCAGAAGGCAUGUGGAUGACUUUGGACUGGUUCCAUAAAUUACAAUUUUUUCAUUAA